AUACCACAGCCACAGCCCCAUACAUUAGUUGACAAGGCCUGGAGUAGACGGACUUCUUUUUCACUUUUUUUACGAACGAAAAAGAAUUAAAGAGAUAAAGCGUAAUGUUUGUGGUGCUAGUGCAUUAAACGUUUAGGAUACGUUCUGUGCGUGUUAUAUUAACGAUAUGUUAUGCUGUUUAUGUGCUUAGUGUGAGUUAAAACAGCUACUCGAUUCUAAGUGAAGUGAUACUUUGGUAACAAAAAAAUCCGUACCUAUAAUUUUUUGUCAGGAGCCGCCUGCCGAUUGUGCAUGACUUCAGGGCGGCCUACGUCGUACUGACACAACUUCCAACACGACACACUAAGUAAGAAUACCUAGCCGUUUACUGUGGUUUUGUUUGCAUUGUGUUAGUAAAAUACCAAAACCGGAGACAAGGCAGCGUCAAAGGUGAUGGGCUCAUUGACCUACCUAAUAAGAUUGAGAGAGACCUUGUGAGUAGUGGAUUAUAGGCACUGACAAUGAAGAAGAAGAAGGGUAGGAUGUAUAAUAGUGUGGCCGUAGUGAGAAAAAGGGGAGAUCUCCCGCCGGGCAAGGUGUUCAGCCCGGGGGCGGCCAACGCUCCGUGUGUUGCUGUUUUUUCUUUUUUUUGCGCCCAAAAGCAAAGUAAAAGGCUACCCUCCGAGAAGCGGGGGAGGGAGGUGGUGAAUGCUCUUAGCAUACCAUGCAGCCGGCUGCAUGGUUAUGUGGGACUCACUAAGAACCUAAGUACCUACCCACUAAACACCACCUGGUACUGGUUUUGGCCUGGAGGGCCUUUCUGCCGUAUCGGAAGCGACCCCCAUUGGGGAAAGGGGGCGCAGGCGGCGAGUAGCCGUUGAUUGUAGAGUGGUAAAUUAUGAGAUGGGAGAAAACUCGGCCUGAGCCGCCAAGAAACAGACCAGGUCGGCCGAAAGUUUGUUGGGGGGGCGGGGGCGUGUGUUACUUCGGAGCUGUUCUAUAUAUAUAUACAUAAGCAGUAACUUCAGAACUUUAAUAGCGUGAUUGAGGCUUCGGUGCGUUCCGCUUUGUGGCGCGACGACAUGCCGCCACAAUAGCAAGAGAACUCUGGUUUAUAACUAACCUAUGACUUACAUCGACGUGUGAUCAUCUUUUAAAUGAAAAAAUGACAUAAGUAUGUUUAUAAUUAAUAUUAUAGUGAUGUACUUCAACUUUUACUAUCUCGAGUAUUUUUUUAGACUUUAUAUACAUAACUUACACAAAAUAAUUAAAGUAACAAAAAUUAAAUAAUAAUGAAAAUAGGGAUGUAUUCAAUGACAACCAAUGAUAUGAUCGACUUCUGAAAGUUUGGUCUGGAUACUGCAGAGACAACCCGAACCAAUCAGAAGUCGCCAUGAGGUAGAGCCAAGCACUAUAAUUGGAAAUAUCGUAAUUACGUCGUUAAUCAAAAGAUGUCUCGUUCUAAGUGAGCGGCGAGCCAAAACAUCAUGUCAUCCGUGGCAACAUAAAGUAGCCGCUUUUUAUUGUGGCAAACCGCUAAGUAUACUUAGCGGUUAGCCACCGUAGAGUCUAUAUCACCUGAGGAUGCCUCGUGUAGAGGCGAAACACGUGUCGUAUUAUCGUCAGUGCCUAGUGUAGUGGUGUUGGAAGUAGCGGUGCUGGGAUUAGUGGUGACGGGGAUAGUGCACGCAAUUGAGGGAGGCGGGAGGUGCUUCUUCAUACUAGACGUUAAGAGAAGCGGUCGCGAUGGCGGACACGGAUACAGAGACGCUGCCCAACGGCAACGGCCCGCUCUCCAACAACGAGGCGGAGGAGGAACGACUGAAGCAGCGGCCGGCGGACAUCGACGCUGAUGUCCGCGAUAUGGAGCGCCGGAAACGCGUCGAAGCGAUCAUGUCCUCGAAGCUGUUCCGUGAGGAGCUGGAGCGGGUGCUGGACCAGCAGAUGCACGAGGGUAACGACGCGCCACUUCUGCAGCGCAUACGGGAGAUGGUCGGCAGACGGCUGCAUACUGGUAGCUUGCGGGGUCCCAGCUGCGUGCUGCCCAUCAACGACAUCCGAGGCAUCGAGGGUAUAGGCUACGAGAAGGGGGAGAAGAUAUUGCGUUGCAAGUUAGCCGCCGUGUACCGUCUCGUCGAUCUGUUCGGAUGGACGCAGACUGGCAUCACCGGUCUGAUCACGGCGCGUCUGAACACCGCGGUGGAGCAGGUGCUCACGUCUCCACGCGGCCUGCUUCCUCACGAGGUGACGGCUUCCUCGCUCGUGAAGGUCGAUAUGCAGGGGGUCGUCCAGGAUCAAGGCACCACCAACUUCCCCGUCAACCUUAAUGGUUUCGGUGUGGCGGCGUCCGUGCACGCGGCGCGGCCGGACGUGCGGUGCGUGGUGCACGUGCGGUCGGCGGGCGCGCUCGCCGUGUCCGCCGCGCGCCGCGGCCUGCUGCCGUUGUGCACCGAGGCCGCGCUGCUUGGCCCGCUCGCCUACCACGCCACGCCUUACGGCGAACUUGACAACGACGAACGCGACAAGCUAGUGCGCGCGCUGGGCCCCAGCGCCAAGGUGCUGGUGCUUAGCGGCAACGGCGCGCUGUGCUGCGGUGCCACGCUAGAGGAGGCCUUCUUCCAGGCCAAGAACCUGGCCGCCGCCUGCGACGUGCAGCUGCGCCUCGCUUCCCAACCCCUGGAGGAGCUGCACCUGCUGGACGAGCACACCCGCCGCCAGAUCUACGAGGCGUCGCGCAAGCCGCCGGCCGAGGCGGGCAAGUGGCGCGUGGGCGGCGAGGAGUUCGAGGCGCUCAUGCGCAUGCUGGACAACGCCGGCUUCCGCACCGGCUACAUCUACCGCCAUCCGCUCGUCAAGAACGAUGUGCCCAGACCCAAGAACAAUGUUGAAGUACCACCAGCAGUGUCAUCUCUAGGAUAUCUUCUAGAAGAAGAAGAACUCUACAGGCAAGGAAACUGGAAGAAAGGACAAGGCAAAACCGGUGAACGCACCCGUUGGCUAAACUCGCCCAACGUCUACCAGAAGGUGGAAGUUCUCGAGACCGGUACUAACGAUCCGAAGAAGAUCACCAAGUGGGUUCAAGAUGGAUCACCGGCUCACACUAGUAAUCCUGUCAAGAUCGAUACACUACAAUUUGUGCCUAAGAACACGAACCCCAAGGAAUUUAAACAGCUACAGCAACAGCUCAAGGAGAACCGACGCGCCGACAAGAUUAGCCCUGGGCCACAAUCCCACAUCCUGGAGGGCGUCACUUGGGACGAGGCCACCAGAUACGUGGGCGAGGACGCCGCCAACACGCACACCGGCGACCAUGUCGUGCUGAUGGGCGCGGCUUCGAAGGGCAUCAUCCAGCGCGGCUACCAGCACAACGCCACGGUGUACAGCGCGCCGUACGCGCGCAACCCGUUCGACCACGUGACCGACCGCGAGAUAGACGAGUACAAGCGCACCGUCGAGAGAAAGCAGCGCGGCAACGACUACGACACGGAUCUGUCAGAGUCGGAGGCGGUCAGCGGCGCACAAGUGACUUCACCCGCCAGCGCGCCCUCCGAGACCGAAGAGGAGUCACGUGACGAGCACCGAGUGUUGCGGAUAGAGACAAAGCAAGCACCGGUCCGCAGCCAGCCCGACGUGGUGCUUAGCGAUGUGGACACGACCGACUUCCUGAAAGCAGAGCGGGAACACGCCGACCUCGCCAGAGGUGAGCACACGGUGAACGGUGACCACUCCGACGCCCACCAGAGCACAUUCUCCCACAGCAGUAAAGAGGGAUCCCCGUCUAAGGAGGUCUCCACCGAAGACUCGCCCAAGAAGGACAAAAAGAAGAAGAAGGGUCUCCGGACGCCGUCCUUCCUCAAGAAGAAGAAAGAGAAGAAGAAGGAGAAGUCUAGCACGCCGCAGCCCGCCUAGAGAUAAAGCUCCAAAACAACACUGCCAUGUCGCUUUCAAAAUACCUCGUAAUUUUUAAGAGCAAACUCCAGAAUUACAAUUGUAUUAUUCAUUAUACACCGCUUAUACAGUUCGAUGAGACGGUGGUGAGAUCCCUGAGAUUUUAAGUUCGCAUGGUUUGACCCACCUAUGUAUUAGCAAACGCGAAUUAAAACCGCCCUUCGGUUCUGAGUGUGUUGGCCGAAACCUGAGCACUGAUAGAACUGAGCCACUACGAUUUCGACUAAACACUCGGGCCUGAGUGACUAAUGACUUUAAAGUUAAGGGCUAAUAUAGACGGGAUUUUAUUUAUUUGACAAAUGAUUUUUAUCGAUUUUUAUAAAAUUUCCAAAAUGAAAUUGAUUUCUUAUGACUUGCCAACAAACUCUUAUGAAAUUUCUUAUUUUAUAUUGUCUAGUUUUGUCCGAAUUGACAGUUUUCAUCGAAAGAUAUUUUUUUAAUUAUUGUAAUUUUUAAUUAUUUUUAAAAGCUAAUUCCAUAUUGGUCUUAAAAUGGAACUACGCGAGUUUUAUUUACGUCUACUUAUCUAAUAGAAGAAACUAUUAGAUUAAGGUGUUUUAAUGUGUUUAUUUUAAAUUUUAAUCUAAUUUAAUUAAUUUACCACUUCCAUUUUUUAAUUAUAAAAAUAUUUUACGAUUAAAACUGUCGUUCCGGAUAUAUGGUGCAUUCUUACAAGUAAUUCUUCACCAGCAUCUAAUGCUUUUCGUGUUAAGGGGCUCGACCAUUUUGAUUAAAGCCCCACGCCAUUUUGUGCUUUUUAAAAUUUAAUUAUAAUAUAAGUAUAUCCACACAAAGUCAACUCGAAACGCAUGCUUCAAAUUAAAAAAAAUCAUCAAUUAUUAAGAAAACAAUUUUCAUUUGAAAAUAAGGUACAAAUAUCUUUUAAAGCGAGCUAAAAAAGCAUGCAAUUGGAGUUGUUAUCUAUACAAUGUGGACAUAGCUUGCGGCAUAGACUAUAGCACCCGUAUAUCUGUCAAAAUUCCCGCCCGACAUCUGUCAAAUUAUGAUUUUGACGUAAAUACAAAUUGGUGAUAAUUUUGACAGGUGUAUCAUUUGUGACAUCUGCCAAUACAUAUAUGGAGUAAUUGAAGAAAUAUAAUAUAUAUAAGCACUCUAUCGAUUUAACUUUAAGAAGUUAUCGGCUAGCUAACUUGUAGUGUUAAUUUCAACAUGGCGGUGAUUUCGACUCCAAAACUUCCAUUGUAUGAAAUCAAUGUACUUUCCAACAGUAAUUUAAAGGUUCAAUAAAUCUUUAAGUACCCAAUAAACGUAGCAAAGCAUUUAAAAAACGUAAAAAAAAUAUAGAUCCGCUUCUUCAUCGCCGCCAUUUUGAAAAUAAUACGUCUAUAGUACAUUAAACAGAAUGUUGUUAAGCUUGGGCCCAGAUUUUAAUUUCAAACAUAAAUUUUAUAUUUUUUAUUAUUUUAUUGCAUGUAAACGCGGGCCCAGCAUCAAUUUGACAUUACCUAGAAUUAGUCUAGAGUUGUUAAAAUGACAAGUUGAUUUUUUUUUAAUACGUUAUAUGGGACAUCGCGUUACGUCCCGUAUUUAUAAAUAUUAAGUACUUGUAAUAUUAUAGAACUGUGGACACUGGCAUUCUAUGCGACUUCGUGUAAUUUGUAUUUGGAAUAAAUUAUUAGUUUUAAAGCAACUUUUUAUUUUUUUUAAUCCUCUAUUUUAGUCUCGUCCCGACCGUCACAAAUGUUGCCAGGCGAUUGAAGCUGGAUUUUUUAGUAGUCGAUAAGUUUUUAGCUUAAAAGAGUUUAUUUGUAUCAUGUAUUUUUUUAUUUCUAAAAUAUAUGCUGUUUGGAAUAUUUAUUAUGG